AUGACAAUGAGUUGGUUGUAUGAGUCAAAAAUUAUUAUUCUUGGUGAUUUAAAUGUUACGGAGUUCUGGAAUUGUACUACAGGUGAUGUUCUUCUUAGUAAUAAAGUAGCAAUUUUAGGAAAUAUGUCAAAUUUUUAUGAGCUCAUCCAGUAUAAUAAUAAUAUAAAUUGUGAUAAUCGAAUUUUAGAUUUAAUUUAUGCGAACUUUAAUCUCUCUGUAACAUCGGCAACUGAUUCGGUUACUCCUGAAGACCCUUAUCAUCCAUCACUGGAGAUUACAUUCGGUGUUAGUAAUGAUAGGACAAAAAAACAGAAACAUGGGGAUCAUAUUUUGGAAUUUAAUUUUAAAAAAGCUAAUUUAAUUGAUCUUUACACAGAACUAGCAGAACUUAAUUUUGAUUUUCUUAAGAAUUUAAAUAAUAUACAUGAUGCAGUUACUAUGUUUUAUGAUGCCAUACAUCCAAUUUUACGCAAAUGUGUGCCUACAAAGAAAAAACCUGCCGGUAAUUAUCCAGUUUGGUAUAAUAGAAAUAUAAUCAAUCUGAUCAAACAAAAAUAUAAAUUUUGGCUGCAAUUUAAGAAAACGAACUGUGUAAUUGCUCAUGAAAAUUUCAAAGCACUGAGAAGGGACAUAAAAAAACUUGUUAAAGAUGCUUAUUUGAUAUACAUGCAUAAUGUCUCAGCUAAUGUUAAAAACGAUCCGAAAAGGUUUUGGGGAUUCAUCAAGGCCAAAAACAACAUUUCAUCUGUUCCUACUACGAUGUCUUAUAAAGAAAAUGCUUUAAACAGCCCCCAGAACAUUGUGGAAACCUUUGCAGAUUUCUUUAAAACAGCUUUUAACAUCUCUAAUUCUGUUCAAAAUUCUGAUUACAAUAGUUCAAAUGAUCCAAGUAUCGACUACCUCAAUAUAGAGAACUUCGAUGAAGAAAUUGUAUUCAAAGCUAUGCGUAAAUUGAAACCAACUAUGACUGCAGGACCGGACUUAAUACCAUCAUUCUUAGUGAAAGAUUGUGCGACAAUUUUGGCAAAACCGGUGACAAUAUUAUUUAACAUAAUCUUGCGUACAUCCACAUUUCCUGAUGUGUGGAAGCAGUCGAGGAUUACUCCUAUUUAUAAAAAUGGCGAUAGAUCUAAUGUUACCAAUUAUCGACCCAUAACAAUAAUUAACAAUCUGGCAAAAGUUUUUGAACAUGUCCUUCAUAUUUUAAUCUAUCCACACGUUUCGAAUAUGAUCACAGAUAGUCAGCAUGGUUUUGUGAAAGUUUUGUUCGGUCUAGACUUGAAUAUGCAUCUGUAG